UCUUUCUAGAGAGAGAAAAUGGGAGGCCUGGUUCUGUAAUAGCAUUUCUAGUGACAGAGAGAGAAGGAAAAACCUUGUUUAGUGAAGACAUGUAAAAGCCAAGAAAAGUGUUGGGUUAGAGGGAAAGGACAAUCUCUUUUAGUAAUAGAGCCUUUCUAGUGAGAGAAAGAAAAGCGAACCUUUUUUUGGUAAUAUAGCACGGGUAGUGAGAGAAAAUCAAAAGCAAGCCUCUUUCAGUAACAUUGUAUUUCUAGUGAGAGGAGGACAGCCCUGUAGUUUCUAAGGGGAUUGGCACUAGUAAGAAUAAUGGGAAGGGCACCAUGCUGUGAUGAUAAUGGGCUGAAGAAGGGGCCUUGGACACCUGAAGAGGAUCAAAAGCUUGUCAAUUACAUCAAGAAACAAGGACAUGGAAGUUGGAGAGCCCUCCCAAAACAUGCAGGUUUGAAUAGAUGUGGGAAGAGUUGUAGGCUUAGAUGGACAAACUACUUGAGGCCUGAUAUAAAGAGAGGGAAAUUCUCCUCAGAGGAAGAGCAAACCAUUCUCCAUCUCCACUCCAUUCUCGGAAACAAGUGGUCAGCCAUUGCAACACACCUUCCGGGACGAACAGAUAAUGAGAUAAAGAAUUUUUGGAACACCCAUCUGAAGAAGAAGCUCAUCCAAAUGGGUUAUGAUCCAAUGACUCACAGGCCGAGAACUGAUCUUUUUAGCAGCUUAAACCAGAUACUUGCCAUGGCCAAUAUCAAAGACUUAAUGGAACCUUACGAGGAACAAGCACUCAGAUUGCAAUCAGAGGCUCUGCAACUUGCUAGGCUCCAAUAUUUACAGUACCUUAUUCAAUCUGCCUCUUCCAUGAAUCAACCCAACUCCUUAAUUUCCAGUUUCAAUGACUUGGAAGCCAUUAGCACACUCUUAGUUGCAUCUUCUUCAAAGCCUUAUUAUCAAACCAACAGUGAAGAGACCUUAUGGAACACUAAUUAUCAAACAGAUAUCAACACUAUGUGUUCACAGGUCAAUGAGCAGAUAGCUCUUACACCAUCACAAACCCAACAGUUUCCAAGUACCUUUGAGGAUUUUUGUAAUCUAUCCAUGAAUGAUUACAGCAACCAAGACACAGCUUCACGAAUUAUCCAAAUUGAAAGUGGGGACCCCAUAUCUCCAUUUCCCAUUAAUGGGUUCUCAAGCUCAUUGAACUAUAUCGAUAAUUCCACAAACAAUAACCAGGCCGAUGUAUCAGGCUCAUCUGGUUGUGGUGCUUCAGCUUCAUCCUCACCAAUCUGGCCAGAGGUCCUUCUUGAAGACCCAUUCAUCAAUGAAAACCUAAGUUAGCAUUUUUACUCAGCAGUUUUCCAUUGUGUUAAAAAAUUUCAGUUAAGGGGAUGAGGCUCUGGUUUCCUUCAUAGUUUGUACAGUCAAAUCAUGUGUUAA